UUUCGCGACAAAUCACUCCAGAAGAAAAACUGAGCACGCUGAGCUCGACCAUGGACUUUUUCACGCGACCUGCCAUGUCUGUGCUUCUGCUUCUCUUCUUGCCGCUCGCCGCCGCCCAACCAUGGCAAGUAUGCCAAGACAGCCGGGGCAAAUACACAUCAAACAGCACCUACCAAGCCAACAUCCAAUCGCUGUCGUCCACGCUCCCCGCGAAAGCCGCCGCGCCCAGCACCGGCCUCUUCGCCACCCGCGUCGCCGGAAAUGCCCCAGACACCGUGUACGCCCUUGCCUUCUGCCGCGGGGACAUCACCAACGCCUCCGCCUGCGCAGGCUGCGUGGCAUCCGGUUUCCAGGACGCGCAGCAGCUGUGCCCGUUCAACAAGGCUGCCUCCCUGUACUACGAUCUCUGCCUCCUCCGCUUCGCCGAUGAAAACUUCCUCGCCACCAACAACAGCGAUGUAGUCAUGCUGAUGAACUCACAGAACUUCACGGCGAGCGUCGGCUCGGUCCGCCUCCUCCUCUUCACGCUGCUGAACGCCACAGCCGAGUCGGCAGCGAGCAGCUCGAGGAGGUUCACCACCUCGCGGUUGGACGUCAGCUCCCUCCCCACGCUGUACUGCCUUAUGCAGUGCACGCCUGACCUGACGGCCGGAGAGUGCGCGGCCUGCUUCGAGGAUUUCCCGCGGUUGACGCUCCAGUACCUCGACGGUGCGCGAGGCGGAAGGAUUCUCGCGACACGCUGCACCAUGAGGUACGAGAUCUACCCGUUCUACUCAGGUGACACGAUGCUGCGUAUCAUCAACUUGGCAACCACGGUGCCCGAGAUGAACACCACGGCACCAACUACUCCGGUCACCGUGUAUCCGCAGCCAGCGGGGCCAGGUGGUGCGAGCGCGCCACCACCGCCGCAGCCAAACCCCGGCAUCCCGGAACAGGCACAGCGCUCGCCCUAUCACAAGAGUAAGGUGUGGAUCGUUGCUAUUGUUGCUCCACUACUGGCAAUUCUGUUUUGUUUCAUGCUUUCCAUUGUAUGGAUCAGAAGAGGUAGAAAAGGAGAGGUAAACAUGCAGAACAAUAUUGCUGCAGUAAAUAGGCUGGAAGAAGACGCACUUGUUUGGAGAUUGGAAGAGAGGAGUUCAGAGUUCUCUCUUUUUGAAUUUUCUGAGUUGCUGGAGGCUACAGACAACUUCGCAGCAGAGAACAGGCUUGGACAAGGAGGCUUUGGCCCUGUAUACAAGGGUCAAUUGCAUGAUGGGGUGGAAGUUGCAGUUAAAAGGCUUGCUUCACAAUCAGGACAGGGUUUCACUGAGUUCAAAAAUGAAGUUGAACUUAUAGCUAAACUACAACACACAAAUCUUGUUAGGCUGCUGGGAUGCUGCAUUCAGGGAGAGGAGAAAAUAUUGGUGUAUGAAUAUUUGCCAAACAAAAGCUUAGAUUUCUUUAUCUUUGAUGUCGACAAAACCAGUUUAAUUGACUGGAAUAAACGUUGCGGAAUAAUUGAAGGGAUAGCUCAAGGUCUUCUUUACUUGCACAAGCACUCUCGGCUCCGUGUCAUACACAGAGACCUUAAAGCCAGCAACAUUCUUUUGGACCAGGACAUGAAUCCUAAAAUAUCUGAUUUUGGGCUAGCAAAAAUUUUUAGCUCUAAUAAUACCGAAGGAAACACAAAGAGGGUGGUGGGAACAUAUGGUUACAUGUCACCAGAGUAUGCCUCUGAAGGUAUCUACUCGAUCAAAUCUGAUGUGUUUAGCUUUGGUGUUCUUCUUCUUGAGAUACUUAGCGGAAAAAGGAAUUCUGGUUUCCACCAAUACGGAGAUUUUCUUAACCUCCUAGGCUAUGCAUGGCAUAUGUGGGAAGAAGGGAGAUGGCUUGAUAUAAUAGGAGCGUCAAUUCCUCAGACGAUCCCUACAGAAGGGUUGAGGAAGUACAUCAACAUUGCGCUUAUGUGCGUGCAAGAGAACGCAGAUGAUCGACCGACCAUGUCAGAUGUCGUAGCGAUGCUAAGUAGCGAGAGUGCGGUUCUUCCUGAACCUAAGCACCCGGCAUACUACAACCUAAGGGUAUCAAAAGUACAGGGAUCUACUAAUGUUGUUCAAUCAAUCAGUGUGAAUGAUGUAACUAUCACUUCCAACCCAGAGGGUAGAUAGCUGGUACCUUUGGGUCUCAUUUCCAGCUCUCCAUAUCUCUCGUAUAACAGCAUCAAGGCAUCAAUUGUAAUAAUGAAGGUAUGUGGAUGCAGUUGUCGUGGCAGCCGAUCUCAUCCAGUCUUAUUUGCAGACAGUGGCGGAUCCAGAAAAUCGAUUCGUUGGUGUUAUAACAUGUCUAUCGGUGUCAUAAUAUGGUAAUUAUGCUUAGAUCAUGGUGUUAUGACAUAUGGAUAAGCAGUUUUGCUAUAUGUUUGCCGAAAGUCGUCGGUGUCGCCUGACACCGGUCCUAGUAAUGUAGAUCCGCCCCUGUUUGCAGAGUUGUUUUCAUAGUCAAGUUUCCCUUCCCCUUUAUAAGGAUAGUUGCUUUUAAGAUAUUUUGUUUUGAGGCGAUGUAUCAGGGAUUUACUUAAUAACUAGAAAGGUAGCCCGCGCACAUGCGCGGGCAGCUUCUUAUGUAA